UCUUCUCUGCCAUCGUGGUGUGUGUGGCUGACCGUUUCUCGCCAUGUCUUCUCACAAGUCUUUCAGGAUCAAGCAAUUCCUGGCCAAGAAACAAAAGCAGAAUCGUCCCAUUACCCGGUGGAUUCAGAUGAAAACUGGUAAUAAAAUUCGAUACAACUCCAAGAGGCGGCUUUGGAGAAGAACGAAGCUGGGUCUGUAAGGGAUCGAACAUGAGAUGGCACACGUUUAUGUUGCCUGAAAGUCAUGUGUUUCUACACCACCACAUCCUUACUGCCUGACCAGUAGAUCUGUUUUAUCAGGAAAUUGACUUUUCUCUGUUAUGAUGUUUCUGCACCUAUAGGUUGGCUCAG